AUGUCAUUUCUCUUCAAGAGAAUCCCCAAAACCCCGGCCGAGUUCGUGCGCGUGCUAGAAGAGCUGCUCAUCAAACUCGAUUCUUCAGGAGAUCCCAAAAAAGCGUUGGAGGAUGUGAAUCGAUACUUGCGCCAGUUGAAGCUGGUGAUCUCGGGCGAGGAUACGUCAUCGCCCCUAGAACUGGCUCAUCUGCUUGCUAACGAGUUGUGUCACCUGGAAUGUCUUUAUUAUAUGGUCCUAGGAUUGCGGAAGAUGGACUUCGAUCUGAGGAAAGACGUAGUUUCUGUGUUCAGCGCGUUGUUGAAGAAACCAAACGGGAACGGGUUGGAGAAGCCAGUGGUGCAGGCGUUGCUUCUGCAGCCUGAAACACUUGUGUUGUUGAUGCGCGGGCCUGAACACGAGGAACUGGCUCUGAGUUGCGGCAAGAUCUUGCGUGAGUGCAUUUUGAACGAGCAGCUCCAUGCGUAUGUGUUGUAUCUGCCUUAUUUCUGGAGCUACUUUGAGUAUCCGCAGCGGCAGCAGUUUGAGACCAUCGCGGAGACAGUCCAAACGCUCGAGGCGCUAUUGACGCGUAAUCCGCGCCUUGUCGGGCAGUUUUUGGUCAGUAAUAGAGAGCAUUUUCUUGUGCGAAUCAAUUCGCUCGUGCAGUCAGAUAACUACGUGCUCAAACGCCGCAGCGCCCGGUUGCUCUGUGACAUUCUCCUUCAGAAAAGCUGCCAGGCAUUCUUGUUCGAAUACACCGAUGACCCCACCAGUUUGAAAAUCGUCAUGAUGUUGCUUAGUGAUAAGCUGCGCAAUGUCAAUCUCGAGGGCUUUCAGCUUCUUCGACUCUUCUUUGCUAAACCGAAGAAGACGCAGAAGAUCUUUGAUAUCUUUGUCAAAAACAAGGAGAACUUCCUCCGUUUUUUCGACAACUUCGAUAUCAGCGACCUCGGUGGCUCUAUCUACGAAGAGCGCGACUUCAUAGUCAACGAGAUACGCAAGUUGCCCAACAUCGAACGAGUGGAGAUGGCCACGCAAUCGAAUUGA